CUUAAAUGUCAACAGCAAAGCAGGACUAAUAUUGCUUGAUUUGCAGCCUACGCGAAGAGAUACGUCAUUCGACCUCAAAAUUCGUGACCCAACGUCAAGACUAAGACUUGGCGAUCGAUAGAACAACCAACCAACAAACCAACCAACGAACCAACGAACUAAAUCGUAAAAAAUGAAGUGUUGUAACUAUCAGCGCCUAUGCGCAGCUUUCUCAGUCUACAACCCUUGUGCCUGUGGGCUGGUGUCGGGAAAUCCGUCUCUCGUGUGGCAAAUGCAGCAGCCCCUACGACAGCAGCCCCUCAGCAGACUGGAGAACUAAGCCCUGAACAAGGUCGAGUUACUGAAGUGAACCCUGAAGUGAACGCUGAGCGUGGUGCUGCAGAUGGAGCGUUCUGGGGAAGACGAGGUUGGAGGUCAAGCGCAGCACGCCAUUGAAGUAGAGGAGGAAGAGGAAGAAGAGCUAGACCCUGAACAGCAAGAAAAGCGUUUUCAGCUUGGCCUUACUGCCACUAAGGAGUGCCAAGAAGCGGAUCCGAAGAAAAGAAACGAAAUACUUGAUUCGUUGGACAAUCUGGUUAAUGACCUAAUAGACGCCAAGGAUCCUCAAAUUACUACCGACGAGCAGGUAGACGAGCUGGUGGAGGAAUGCAAGGGACAGCGGGAUCAAGCAGAAGGACAGCUUUUUUGCACUAUGCUCCUAAGGACACAUCGUUCACGGGAGUGA